GAGGUUAUCGUACAUUAGUCAUUAGACGCCAGUCGUUCGUCGCGCCUGUACAUACGCAAAAUGACAGUUUGUUUUGAGUCGGUUUUGCGAACGACAUGCGUGUUCUGUUUCUAGUAUCUUUUUUGUGUUUUUUGUGUUUGUGCUGGACCUACGAUAUGAUUAUCGGUGAUACUGUACACAGGAAGAUGGUCUUCCAUCAGAGGGUUAAAGAUUUCGCGAUACCCUUCAAGAAGAGGAUAAAAACGUUGUCGUACAGUGAUCCGGAGAAGCGAAUUAUUAAGGGUGUAGCUGCAAUAGACAACGACUUCUCCCACGCUACCGCCAACAUCACAGAGGGUGGCGUAGGCUACUCCCACGUCACAGUGAGGAUGAAGAGUCAGAGGCACCAUCCGUUGAACUUUGAAGUCGAAAUAUACGUUUGAAAAUAACAACAGGCACUAAUAGUAUGGGAGCCCGGGAUGUUAAAUUUGCAGUUACUAAAACGUCAUUGGAAUUGAUUAGAUUUGGUAGAUUAGAUGAUAGAAAGAAUACAUGGUUAUAUACUUUUUUCGCUUUCUGCGAUGGGGAAAAAAACAAUACUUUAUAGACAAUUUUUUAUUUUUAUUUUUAUCAAAAAUCAUCAGAAAACAUGAGCGAUAACUCAGGAGAUUAGUUCAUUCAAAAUAAGCAAAAAAAUAACCGCGUUCGUGGCUCGAUAACAGGAAUAUAAGGGUUUUAUUUUAUAACAUUAGAACCCUCACAUAACUUACACUCUAACCGUCAAAUUUUCGAAAUGGACACCUAUUAGCUAACAACUCACCUACCUUAUCUUAAUCUGACGUGCUGGUUGAGUAUUUCUGAAGUAAUUAACCGACUUCAAAAAGGAGGAGGUUCUCAAUUCGGUCGGUAUUUUUUUUUUUUUUUUUUUUUAUGUAUGUACACCGAUUACUCAAAGACGCCUGGACCGAUUUCAAAAAUUCUUUUUUUGUUUGAAACGGUAUAGCCCCCAUUUGGUCCCAUUGCCAUCAUGUCAAGAUCUGAUGGUGGAAUCCUGGAGAAAUUGAGGGGAACUUUCGAAAAUUAUAUCGGUGUCUAGUGUGUUCGUAUACUUUUCCAUUUAGUACUUUUAAGCACUAUAAUUUCAUGAAGGUUUAAAGUCGAUCUGAUGAUGGAGCCAUAAAACAGACGAGGGAACUCCUCGGCGAUUUACAGCAGUUACCUUGUGUUUGGGCUUGAUUAAUUUAUAUUAAUGAGAACUUUCCACAUAGAUAGGUUGUGACUGUCAUUUAGGGGUUUGGUGAUGACGACCAAGGACAAUUAAGGGAACUCCUUAACAGUUUACAGUAACUGCCUUGUGUUUGGGCUUGAUUAAUUCGUAUUGCUGAGAACUUUCUACCUAUAGUGUCUGUUAUUGAGGUCUGAUGAUGAAGACCAAGGUCAAUUAAGAGAACUCCUUAACGGUUUACGGUAGCUACCUUGUGCUUGGGCUUGAUUAAUUUGUAUUGCUGAGAAUUUUGUACCAAGAUUUGUGACUGUCAUUAGGGGUCUGAUGUAUUCGUUUGAGAUGAAAUUUUACACUAAAAAUGGAAAAAUAAUAAAAAUUUUAAUAAAAAAAAUACAACCGACUUCAAAACCUAAAAACGUACCCACUAAACUAAAAAGUGAAAAAUAACAUCAUAAUAUGUUCUACCUGCUGAUCAGUAUGAAGGCGGUGCUUAGCCGGUGUUGUCUUAAUUAAAGCCAUUUCUGACAGGACCACAAAAACAACACUGUCUGCAAAAUCUAAAUCUAUAAGAUAUUCUCACAUGGCUUGAAUUAAUACAUUAAUACAUCACCGGCUUAGCACCGCCUUCAUACUGAUCAGCAGGUAGAACAUAUUAUGAUGUUAUUUUUCACUUUUUAGUUUAGUGGGUACGUUUUUAGGUUUUGAAGUCGGUUGUAUUUUUUUUAUUAAAAUUUUUAUUAUUUUUCCAUUUUUAGUGUAAAAUUCAUCAGAAAACAUGAGCGAUAACUCAGGAGAUUAGUUCAUUCAAAAUAAGCAAAAAAAUAACCGCGUUCGUGGCUCGAUAACAGGAAUAUAAGGGUUUUAUUUUAUAACAUUAGAACCCUCACAUAACUUACACUCUAACCGUCAAAUUUUCGAAAUGGACACCUAUUAGCUAACAACUCACCUACCUUAUCUUAAUCUGACGUGCUGGUUGAGUAUUUCUGAAGUAAGUUUUUGUUUUGGUUGCCCUAAACGUACCCACCAAUAUUAAGGGCUAAUACUUGGUGGAGGUACUGAACAACGUGCAAAGUAAACUACCUUAUGUUCAGCUGCCGCGUUUGAGUAACUCCAAAAAUCCCCUCUUCGUCUCCCCUACUAUAACAUCUAAUGUACGAGUAAGUGCAGUGUUGCCAGUAGUAAUCUACAUACUCACAGCUAUUAGGAUUAGGUAUUUAUAAAGUUUUAGAAAUUCUAAGUUGCGAGACUCGAAGUGGUUAUUCGACUAAUAUUAUGUGAUCACACUAAUAAAUAUAGAAUAGAAGAUAGUUUUAUAUUAAGUCAGAUUAGUCACACGAAAUAGUUUUCGAUUGUCAAAAUUAGGAGGAUUAGAAAUUCAAAGAUUUGGUGAUAAUGUCAUGAUUAUAUUAUUAUGUUAAAUUAAAUCCCAAGACAGCCAUUGAUGGAUUAUUCUCACGUUUCUGCAGCGCCAAUGGCAGCGAAGAGGUUCCAUAAGGCGAACCGUCAUGCACGCAGCGACCAAUACACGAUCGUUAUAGUCGUGGGUGCUGCAGAAACGUGAGAAUAAUUGAUCGUCAAUGGCGUGCAUUAUGAAAUAGUUUUCGAUUGUCAGAAUAAACGAUAGGUACCUUCUUACUGUAAAGUGGACCUUGAACUUGUUUGAACUUUGAAUAUGAUUAUUACGUCUACAUCUGGAAUUACUAGACGAAAUUUUGCGAAGUAAAAAUAUUAGCAGUACGAAAUUUACAACUUUCUUGCAAAAGAAAUGUGGUCCAUUUUAUAUUUUUGCUACAGUUUUCCAUACUUAUUCGUCAACCACCAAAUAAAACUAUGUGUAAAUGUUAUUAGAUAGGCGCAGUUGGGCUUGUGAACCCCUAGAAUUUAAGAAAUUAACUAAUUAAGGAGUAAACAUGUUUUUAUUUAUUCUUAGAACUAUUUAUCUGGAUCUUAUUAUUAAAUUCCUUUGGCCUUCAUCUUAAUAAUAAUGUAAAUAUAAUUACGAAUACAAUGUGAUUUCAGAUAGCAUUGUGGUAGUUGCCUACUAAUCGAUUUUACUAGAAGUUUAUGAAUCGAUAAAGAUUAAAGUCCAAUGAAUCUGAAAUACAUUUCAAAUGUCACGUCUUUCGGAUUUCGUCGAUAAGGCAUCGAAUUCUGCGAAAUAUGCAUUACACCUACAACAGGCAUUUGAUUAGACGAAGUCAACUGUUCGAUUGUAUAAAUUACACACUACCUACUAAGGUACUGAUCAAGAAUACCUACCUACUAAGGUAUUGAUCAAGAAUAAUGAUCUAGAAUACAAAAUAUCGUUCCGUGCCGAAUUCUGUCUGAGAAAACGAAAAGUCUAAGUGGGCAUAACGGGGAAAUAUCCUACUAAUAUUUUAAACGCGUAUGUUUGUUUGUUUGGAUGUUUGUUACUCUUAAACGCCGCAACUACAGAACCGAUUUGGCUGAAAUUUAUAUCGAAGAUAGAUAAAAUUUAAAACGAAGAUAGAUAAUACCCUAGAUUAAUACAUAGGCUACUUUUCAUCCCGGAAAAUCCAUUAUUUCCGCGGGAUUUUUGAAAAACUGAAUUCCACGCGGACGAAGUCGCGCGCGUCUACAAGUAACGAAUAUCGACGCAACUGGAAAUACUGCUAUAUCUUUCAUUGUGUUAGGACGAAAGAGAUGGGAUUGGGAGAAUGGUAUUGGACGAUAUUUUGUCCAUGCUAGGCCUUCUGUAGCUUAGUUUUGUCUUUUUGAUAUUUUUUCAAAUUAUUUAUGUUCUCAUUAAUUUUUUAUACACCAAUAUAAAACGCAAAAUCGAAAGACUAAAUAUAUUACGAGAUAUAGGUAAGUAUUGUUGUACUUUCAUAUAGAUUUAUGUAGGAACAACUCAAAAUGAACUGAAUGAUCUGAUUUUGAAUAAAAAAUGAAAAUGUUUACUAUUCGAAAAUGUUGUAUAUACUAAGUUCUUGUUUAAAUUAAGAUUUUUUAGAAAUGCAUGAAUUGAUUAAAUUAUGUAAUGUAUAUAAUAAAAUAUUUGUAUUAUCGG